UUUAUGUUUCCGAUGUCGUGUCGCCGGACUAAAGCUGACGGCAUGUUUUCCUAAGCACGAGCGAAAUCUGUAAGAGAGACACACGUGGAUGACAGCACAGGAACCGGAAAACGACUGUCUGUUAAAACGUGGCUGGCUGGAUGUGCUGUUUAUAGGGCAAGGCGCGCGGCUCGGUACGACAGUGCGGUUGUCCCAGGCGAAAGAAGAUGUGGUCUUUUAUUGCAGUGUCGCUUGUCAGUGCCGUGGUAGUUGCGUCGGCCUCGGUUCAAUUGUUGUGCCAAAAUGAUUCAGACUGCUCCAGAGGUGAACAGUGUGUUCGCCAUGCUAAUUUCUCGUCUUCUGCAAACUGCGAAAGCGUCAAAUACUGCAUAUCAGUACGUGGCGAUUCCUGCGAGUGCGCAAGUGGAUACACCUGUCGGGUGAGGGACUGUCCAAGGUCCCGAUAUGAAUGCAAUUAUAUUGAAAACCGCAACAGCAGAUGCGGUUGGAGCGUGGCUACCGCGUGCAGGUCCAACGAGCUUUGUGGCUACGAAGCCACAGGUCUUGUAUGCAUCAAGUGUCCCUGCUAUGGUACCCAUGUUGCGAAAUGCGUGAAGAGGGAUCCUCGAGUUCCUUGUCCACCUCGUAGCAUGGUCUUCGUCCAAGGCAACUCCUAUACCUGCGUCCCUUGCGCGUCUGAAACCACUGCACUCACUGGACCUUCGCCAAGAAGAUAGUCCUUUUUUAUUAUGUGUACAUUCGAAAUAAACGUUUACACUAUGUA